GAAGAGCGACGUGAAAGUCUUGAUGUAAUACCGACAUUGAAAGCGUAAGACAUUGCUUUCCUCAGAACAUUACGGUUUAAAAACCCUGGUGACAAGUUUUAGUUUUAUCAGAAAUGAAACUGUCUCUCGAUGAAUUUUCCAGAAAUUGUUCACGAAUAUUUCGGAUCAACGCCCACAGAGAUGAAAAAUUAAACAAACAAGAAUCAACCGAAAAACAAGAAUAUGUAUCAUCACUGGUGAAGCAGACUUUGGUUGCUUUAGCACCACUUCUACUAACAGUAUGUUCAGGAAUGACGGUUGGCUACUCAGCUAUUUUGCUUCCUCAGCUACAUGCAGAUAAAAAUGGUACUUUGAUCAUAAACGAAGAAGAUGCAUCUUGGAUUGCUUCUAUGGCCGCUCUCCCGAUGGCAGCCGGAUCGGUCCUGGGAGGCGUCUUCAUCGAGCAGUUCGGCAGAAAAGCGACCCACUCGCUUUCCUGCCUGCCCUUUCUGAUCGGGUGGUUGCUGAUCGCCUUUGCCUCCGACAAAAACAUGAUCCUGGCAGGACGGUUCGUGACCGGGGCGUGUCUCGGCAUGCUAGGACCCGCCACCGGAGUCUACAUAGGGGAGACCUCGCAGCCAUCGUACAGGGGGUUCCUCUUGGCGGGGAUCUCCUUUUCCGUAGCCCUAGGCCUGUUUCUCUCUCAUCUCUUGGGAACCUUUUUCUCCUGGAGGACAACCGCCUUGAUAUGCGCCUCUCUACCAGUCUUGAGCCAAAUCAUAAUCCUGUUCGUUCCCGAGUCUCCCUCCUGGCUGGCCAAGAAAGGACAACCAAAAAGAGCACAGCAAUCCUUCUACUGGUGCAGAGGCUAUUCCGAAGAGGCCAAGAGAGAGCUCGCGGUUAUGUUGGAGAGACAAGAACAGACUCCGGCCGGAGACAAAAAGACUUUGCCGGAAAAACUGCGGGAAUUGCUCGUUCCGGAAUUCUUGAAACCCCUCGGUAUAAUCGUCUUCUACAUCGUUUCGAACCAGUGGGCCGGCAUCAAUGCUUUGACGUUCUACACGGUGUCGAUCAUGAAAGAAACCAUCGGGGAAGGCGUUAACGAGUAUCUAGCGAUGUUGAUAGUUGAUACGAUUAGGGUUCUGAUGUCCUUGGUGGCGUGCGUUCUUCUCAGGAAGAUUGGCAGGCGGCCGCUGGCUCUAGUCAGUGGCGUCGGUACUUCCGUGUCGCUCCUCUCGAUCGGCGCCUAUUCUUUUCUAGCGAAGAGCUACCCCCAGCUGAAAUCUGCCUCGUACGUUCCCAUGAUCUCGCUGGUUGCCUAUAUGGCCUUCAUCACCGUGGGAUUCGUGCCGCUCCCAUGGGCUAUGAUCGGCGAAAUUUUCCCUCUUAAAAACCGUAGUGUGGGCAGCGGGAUUUCUUCAUUUAUGGCGUUCACUGCUUUUUUUUCCGUAGUUAAAACUAGUCCCGGAAUUCUUUCGUCGCCGACUCAACGUUAUCAAGUGAUUUUAAACGGAAAACUUUUCAAAUAUGAAUCUGGUAGAAAACGAGUUCUCAAUAAAACUAAUUCUCCUAUACAAGGUUCCACAUGCACCGUGUUCACUAUGCAAUACAAAAUAAGCGCAAUUUUGAAAAGCAAUUGA